GGUUUGAAGCAUUGUUCAGAGAGCUGGGAUUGCUUGCGGAAGUUUAAAAUCUAGUGGACACUGCAGGACACCACGGGCACUUGACCACUCUCAUCCCUCAGCUGUGCAACACUGGAAUGAAUACAGCUUUAGAGUUCAACGUGCCUGGGGACUCUUCAUUUGUCCCUUAUAUUUAGUAAAGUAAAUAUAGUUGGGCACAUUGCCAAAGACCUAUUAAUGAGUGUUACCAGGAAAAUGUGAAGGUUCAGUUCCUGCAUUUCUGAAAGCACUUCUCCUUUCUUUCAAAAGCGAGAAGGAGAAUCAAAGCAGACGGAGGAAUCUUUCUACAAACAUCUGCGUCCUGUCUGUGCUCGAGCCCCAGGUGUCCAUCUACCACGAUGACCACACCGCCAAUGGCAAUGACAACCACUGAAGAGUAUAUGUAUUAUGAAGACUACACCAGUCUGGUCGACACGGACAUGACCUAUGCAACUCCGUGCAGUCCGCAGCAUAGCUGGCAGUUCGCCGGCCGCUUCUGCCCCGUGGUGUACAGUCUGGUCUUCGUGCUGGCAGUGGUGGGCAACACCCUGGUGCUGUGUGUGGUGAGGCGCUACCGCACCUCCCGUAACAGCCCCUGCUCCUUCUCCCUGACGGACACCUUCCUGCUGCACCUGGCGGUGUCCGACCUGCUGCUGGCCCUCACGCUGCCCUUCUACGCCGUGCAGUGGGCCAAGGAGUGGGUGUUCGGCGAGGCGGGCUGCAAGAUCGCCAGCGCCGUCUUCUCCCUCAACCUCUACAGCAGUAUCCUCUUCCUGGCCUGCAUCAGCUUCGACCGCUACCUGGCCAUCGUCCACGCCAUCACCACGGGCUGGCGCCGCAACGGCUACCACGCCCAGAUCGCCUGUGCCGUCAUCUGGGUGGCCUGCUUCGCCCUGGCCAGCAUCGACCUCCAGUACGGGCAGGUGGUGAAGCUGCCGCGCUCCGAGAUGCACGUCUGCUACCACCAGCUCCCCGAGGGAGGGCUGGUGGGGCUGCAGCUGCUCAACCUGGUGGUGGGCUUCGCCCUCCCCCUGCUGGUCAUGCUCUACUGCUAUGUGCGCAUCUUCCGCUCGCUGUGCCACGCCAGCCGGCGGCAGAAGCGCAAAUCCUUGCGCCUCAUCAUCUCGCUGGUCGCCGUCUUCGUGCUCUGCUGGGCACCCUACAACGGCUUCCAGCUGACGGACAGCCUGCUGCGGCUGGGGGUGAUCGAGCAUAGCUGCAGCCUUGACGACGCCCUGGACAUCGGGACCUUCAUCUCGGAGAGCCUGGGCCUGACGCACUGCGCCCUCAACCCGCUGCUGUACGGAUUCGUGGGGAUCAAGUUCCGCAAGGAGCUGAUGCAGAUGUGGAAGGGGCUGCUGGGGUCCUGGGGCUUUCUGGGAUUGGAUGGCUGGGGACAGAGACAGGAGAGGCGCAGGGCCGGGGGGUCGUUCAGCUCAGACAGCGAGAACACCUCCUACUUCUCGGUCGUCGUGUGAACCCGGCCUGGGAGACAGGGACUGGAGGCAGGGUAGCCCCUGAUGUGAGCUCUGUCACAUUGCACGGACCACGCCCCACCAAAAUAAAUAAAAUUCAAUACAAUAAUAUGAUGAUCAUUUAUAAUGUUGAAAAAAAUAUUUUCAUUAAUGAUUAUUGCGGAAAACAGGAAAAGAGGUCAUUGUGGUGUUUUCGGUUCACACUUUCAUGUUAAAAUCAGAAUCCAGUAAUGUCUCUUCAUACAGUAUGUCGUAAUUAUGUUAAACAGUAUAUCCAAUCAGUGGUUUGAGCUUUUUUCCCUCAAUAUUGGAGAUGAAUGCAUAUGGUGCUCCAUCAGUAUUCCACCUCUUAAAGCCACUGAAGAAGGGAUAUGGAGGGAAUGUGAAGAGUAAAAAUAGAGGGAGCAUAAUUGAUAAAUUGUGGCAUGUCUCAUGAAAAAUGUUUUUAUAUUAUCAAAUCUAAAACUUUUUUAGAUUUCAGACAGUAUCUUACAGUGCCCCUUGAAUUCACACAUUGUAUUAACAUUCAAUUCCCCACUGGGUCACUGCUGUUGUACCAGCAGGGUACUUAAGGUCAAGGGCAAGGUACU